AUGGAGGCGGGCGAAGUUUUGGUUCUCUCGCGCAGAGAGUUGGUUCCGUGUUCCUCGUCUUCGUCUCUCGCUUCUGGUAGUUGCUUGCCUCCGUCUCGAGAGCGGAAGGAAGGAAAGGUCAGUAGUCCGAGAGCGGUAGAGAAGAAGAAGAAACGCCGAGAGGCCCGAGGCGACAGCCAGACAUGCCCUGCAGAGUGUACCGAGAGCGCAGCCGCAAGUGAGCCUGUGGACUCCACAGACAGAGGUACUGGUGGGUCGCCUUCGUCCCAAAAGACAGUCUCAGGCUGUCGCAUAUCCUCCAAACGCGCGGCGCGUGGGCGCGGACGCGGGCAAGGAGUUUGUGAAGAAGAGCGGCCGGCGCAAGGCGUUUCCUCAGAGCCGGCGCCGGGGCCCGCUCCUUGUUGCCGAGGAGAGACAGGCAACGAGGGCGGCCCCGGCCGCACGCGAGGAGCGAAGGGAGAAGAAGAGGGCGAGACGCAGCUCGUACCGGGGGUUCAGUCAGCGCCCCAGCGAACUGCAGACGACCUCGGUGGUCACAAGGCGAACCGAGGCGCGUCUCAAAACCGAAGACGCAAGGAAGAAAGGCGGGGAGAAGAGGCGCUGGAUUUUUCGUCAGUGCCUGUCGACAAAGGCGAAAGAACUGCGAGGAGCUCUGGAGCCGUCCUCGCGCCCAGUCACGUUUCCGCUUCCGCCGCGUCCAGUCAGAAGAGGGCCUCGCGAGGCUGCCUGUCUUCCUGUCAUCCUGCAUCGUCUCGAGACGCGUUUGCCUCGACCGUGGUUUACGCGUCGGCCGGCGAAGUUGACCGCGGGGCGGGGUGUCGAGCGCCUUCGGAAGUUUUGGCGCCUGAGGAGGGGACGAAGGAGGGGAAGGCAAGAACAAGGACCGGGAAGAGAGAGAGUCAGGGAGUGGUGAAACGGAACGUGGUCUCGGACAGAGAAGAUAGGAAAGAUAGAAAAGAAGAUAAGGCAGGAGGGGCAGUGAGGGAGAAACUUUCCCGCUCUUCCUCUUCAUCCUCGUUGGCCACAUCGAAGGAGAGAAUGGAGCAAGAAGAGAAUAACACCGGAGGGGAACCGAUGGAAUCUGAGUCACACGCCGGCGGGGCGGAGCCGAAAGAAGGUGCGGAUGAGCAGGAGAGGCGCGGAAAGGAGAAGCAAGGGAAAGCGAAGAAAAGGGCUGCCAAGAAAGAAGGGAUUCCUCCUGGGAUUUUUGGCGGAACGGGUAGAAGCCGAAAAGGAGAAAAGUCGAAACCAGGCGAAGAAAGAGAAGACAAAGAAGCGGGUAAGCGGGAGAACACGGUGUUGACGAUUUGCGAUGAGAAGGCGAAAGACGGCUCGGUGGGAGAGAAGCAGAAGACACUGUCGAGUUCCCUGUCUCCAGUAGAGGGGGACACAACACAGGGCGAGAAGAGAAAGAAGAACAGGAAGAAAUCUGAGUGCGCGACUCCCCCGCUGCAUCCUGCGCAGCCUUCGAAGCCAGGCAUGGGAAAAACGCAGACUGCUUCCCGCGAGGCGAAGAACAAACGAAACGAAAGGCGGAGCACCGAAGGUGUCUCUUCGUUGUCGCCAUCUUUCAGUCCUGCUUUCGGCCCGUUGUCGACGGCUAGGUCGUCGCGUUCUCUUCCCUGUUCCUCCUCUUCGGGUCGUGGAGAGCAGGGGGAAGGGGUAGGCGCGGCGAGUUACGAGCCGCCGAGUGUAUCCGGCUGCGUGCCCACAAGGCACAGCGAACCACGUGCGGGAAUGUCUCUCUCCGCGUUGGGUUACAUUCGCUUUGGAGGCCUGUCGAGCGCUCUCAGUGCCUCGACGAGCUUCCUUCUUCAGAGUUUGGUUCAGAGACAAGAGGCCGCGAGACACAUGAAAGCCGUCGAGGGCGGACCCUCCGCCCAGGCCGCAGCGUCAGCAGUUUCUUCGGCCGGAGUCUCGGCAGGCUGUGGGCGCCUCUCCGGUGUGCAGAAGGAAGGCGGAUGCAGCGAAGAAAGCAAGGAAAGACAACAGAGCGGCGAGAGGGACGAGGCGACUCAAGGAACCCGCCCGGCGGGAAGUUCCGAUCUGGAAGAGAAGACUGAGAAGCAGGAGAAGGGCGCGAAGACAUUGUUCUUCUCUCGAAGAGACGGAACUCUCGAUUCGUUCUUCUCUCUGCUCGGCUCGAUGUCAAGUCCUUCUGCAUCUGCCACUCCUGCCACUGCCUCAUCAUCCCGUCCGUCGUCAGCCUUGUCCUCGUCCUCGUCUUCCCUCUCGACGGCGCCCCCGCUGGACCCACGUCGGGAGAGAGAAAGUCCAGGGCUCCCGGAGGGCGGAGAGCAGGACGCGGCACCUGUCUCCCCCACGAGCUUCCUGUUGGGGCUUUUGACGCGGCGCUCGUCCGGGCGAGGCGCGAGCGCGGAGACGGUUGGAGGCAAGGGGACAGCGCGAAAGGGACAAGCCGAAGCAGCGGCGCUGGACGCACGGCCUCUUCUGUCUCUGCUGAGGGCCCCAGAGUCGAGGGGCCGAGGCAUCGAGACUCAGGAAACGUGUGUGCGCGGAAGAGAGGGAAAGGACGCGGUGGGUCUCCCAGCGUUCAAAAGUCCGUCUCCAAUUCUAACGCAUGCGAGUCGGGACUCUGCGGAAGUCAACAGCGCGGUUGAGUCGGAGGAGGCCUUGACCGGCUCGAGUGCGUCGCCUGCACUCACGGCGCAAAGUCGGGAAUUGCCGAACUCGUCUUCUCGGAAGGCUGUACAACUUCUGAAGUCCGGUCCUGGGGUGUCUCCGGCUGUCCCCUAUGCCGCUUCACAGUCGCCCUCGCUUGCCGCGCUGAUGGCAGGAGGGGGGCUGCUUUCGGCCCCUUCGGCCCACAACUUCCCUCUGGGUAGAACGAAGUCUGCGCCUUCUGGAAACGUGUCUGCUGCGGCGUCUGCUGCGCUGUUUCUCCCCGUGCGCCCAGAGACUUCAUCGCCGGGUGCGCCGCCUGACCACGUGGGCUGCGGCAGGCGCGAAACCGAACAGCGAGGCAAUGCCUACGAGUCUCAACGCGCUGCUCACAGCAGAGAAACGCGCAGACUCUCGUUCGCGCGGGGAAUUCCGUCGUCGCCAUCGUCGGCAUCUUCGCGCUCGUCAUCGGUUUUCGUGGUCGGUAGCCGAGGAUCGUUUGGACGCGGAGACAUGAGCAGGCGAAUUCUCCCAGCUUCCUUGGGCGCAAAGGCCACAGGGAACGGCGGGGGACAUGGGGCAAACAAGGAGAAGCGACGGGCGGGCAUGCGGAGGAGCGCCAGUGUGGAGACCGUGACGGAGACAGAGACGCGGGAGCGGGCGGCGAGAAGGAAAGAAGGGAGACUCGUGGAGAAGAUGUCUGUGCAAAGAGAGGCUGGGAAGCCAGGCUCGAGAGAAUUUGCGGCCCCGUCCUUCAUGGCCAUUCCCUUCCCUCACGAGGUCCCCCCUCCGCCGUUUCUUCGAAUGUAG